UAUGAAUUUUUUUAUUAUAGAUAUAGAAAAAAGUAUAAACAAGUUUUGUAUCAUGAAUCAGCUUUGUAGAGUAUUUGUAUUAAUGAUGCUAUUUACUUGCGUAUUCUCAAAUUGUCCACCAAAUGUGACACAACCUGAUCCUGGAUCUAACAACACUGAAACAAGACAGGCUACUUGUAAUCAACCAUAUCAAAAAUUGGUUCAUGUGAGCUAUACGUCAGUUUAUUAUUCAGCAUGCUGGAAUUUAACAUCUCUUUUCCGUUGCAAAAAAUCGAGGGCACAAUGAUUGAAUGAAUUAGCAUCCUUCUCUUAGAUUGAGUUACAGAACAAUUUCAAAAACAUUUUACAAACAGAUAUCUUAUACGUUUACAUCAUGUAAAAGUGGUUAUGCGUUGAACGCUUCCAAAAUGUGCAUUUUAUGCAAUGAAAAAAAUUGUCCUCCGGUUUGCAUGUGUCAAAAUGGUGGAACAUGUAAAAAUAAUAGCUGUGAUUGUACUGAAGGUUUUGAAGGUCCAUUGUGUAACAAAGGAUGUGACAAUACUCAUUUUGGUAAGAAUUGCAAUCAAACGUGUCUUUGUCAGAACAAUGCUUUGUGUAACUCAAUUAAUGGAAAUUGUACUUGCACAGAUGGUUACUAUGGCAACUCUUGUCAAAAUGUAUGUGAUGCUGGCUUCUAUGGAAAAGGAUGCAUCAACAGAUGUCACUGUAAAAAUAAUGCAACAUGUCAUCACAUCACUGGUCUAUGCAACUGCACUAAAGGAUUUACUGGAAGAUCAUGUGAACUAGUUUGUCCAGAAGACCGCUAUGGAAAAGAUUGCCAAGGCAACUGCACUUGUCAAAAUGGUGCGACGUGUAACCAUGUAACUGGUGCUUGUAAAUGUGCAGAUGGAUUUACCGGAACUUCUUGUGAAAAAGUGCAAAAUUGCAAUAAUACUCGUUUUGGUAAGAAUUGCAAUCAAACGUGUCUUUGUCAGAACAAUGCUUUGUGCAACUCAAUUAAUGGAAAUUGUACUUGCACGGAUGGUUACUAUGGCAACUCUUGUCAAAAUGUAUGUGAUGCUGGCUUCUAUGGAAAAGGAUGCAUCAACAGAUGUCACUGUAAAAAUAAUGCAACAUGUCAUCACAUCACUGGUCUAUGCAACUGCACUAAAGGAUUUACUGGAAGAUCAUGUGAACUAGUUUGUCCAGAAGACCACUAUGGAAAAGAUUGCCAAGGCAACUGCACUUGUCAAAAUGGUGCGGCGUGUAACCAUGUAACUGGUGCUUGUAAAUGUGCAGAUGGAUUUACCGGAACUUCUUGUGAAAAAGUGCAAAAUUGCAGUAAUACUCAUUUUGGUAAGAAUUGCAAUCAAACGUGUCUUUGUCAGAACAAUGCUUUGUGCAACUCAAUUAAUGGAAAUUGUACUUGCACAGAUGGUUACUAUGGCAACUAUUGUCAAAAUGUUUGUCUAAAAGACAACUAUGGAAAAGAAUGUCGACACCAAUGCGCAUGUCAAAAUGGUGCGACGUGUCACCAUGUAACUGGUGCUUGUAAUUGUACAGAUGGAUUUAUGGGACUGUCAUGUAAAGAAUGGUGUCGUGAUGGUUGGUAUGGAAAUGGUUGUCAACAUAGAUGUAAAUGCGCUGAAUGUCAUCAUGUAACAGGUGCUUGUGUAGGACAGGGAAAAGGUACGAAUUCAAAAACUAUCGGAGUGGCGGUCGCUGGCGGUGUGGGCGGUAUUGCGGUGGUCAUAUCCUGUUUGAUAUUUGUCACUUUCAAAAGAAAUCAAAUGGGACAGGGAUGUAAAAGGUCAAGCAAGAAGAAGUUUAUCGAUGAAAUCGAAGUAGACGACCAUUAUGCAGGACUAGACAACUCUGCCAUAGAUCCUGACAGUAUGCAGUACUCCACCUUACAAGAACGAGACAAGAACGAAAACUUUCAAGACGAAGAAUACACAGAAGCGGGUGCCAAUAGCCGUGUGGAGUAUGAGAACUUAGAACGUCAACAAAGCGAAAAGAAUUCCACCAAUGACGACUCUCUUUAUGUGAAUGCAACGAAUCGCAUUCGUGUUGAUGAAGAUGUCGAGGAGGCAUAUAUGACGUUUCAACCGGAGAAAGAAGAAGAUGAAAUUGUUUAUCAAAAUACUUCAUAAAAUCUAGCGGGAUUGAUUUUUUUUACAAAAGCUAGCAAAUUUGAUUGUUAGCUGGCUUUUGUUUUUAGGUCGAAAUAUUGUUAUAAUUUUUUAUGAAUGACUCACAAAUCAAAAAGUGUACCCUAAAUGUCGAUCCGUCCCUAUUGACGGAGUGAGAGGGUUAAAUCCUUGGACAUUUCAAUAUUUUAUACCGUGACAAAUCAUUUUUUUAGUUGUUUGAGAAUAGGUGUUUUUAGUUAGUUCGUUUUCAACACGCUCAGAAGAAGAUCAUGUCUUGUUGUUUUUAAUUUCAGGAUUGAUGAUAUUAAGAUUAAUUCUUUUUCAAUUUGACGUUUGAGGGAGAAGGAAAGGAAAGCGAGUGUAAUGUAAACAUCGGAUUGGCAUCGUGCACACCUUUUGAUUUGUAAGUCACCCGUACUAAGUAUUAAUUUAUUUUUAUUUUUUUAAGAAAAGUACUUUUUAUGAACAGAUAUCAAAUUUCCAGGACGCUUUUCCACAACAACAAAUGUUGAUGCAGCAUAACUGACGGACUUACAGUAAAUAAGAAAAGCCGUCUGUUUCUGUGUAAAAUCAAAAUUCGUUGAUUUAUAUGAAUUUCUUUUGUCGGUUAACCUCGUUUCCACGAUGCCUCUUUUUCAGCAUGUAAUAGUGACCGUCGGCACGUGCCAAAAAUACAAUGGGGGCUGGAAACGAAGUUUCAUUUUUAAGCAAUGGUUAGUUAUGUGCUCCUUUUUCAGACCAAUUAAUAUAUGUUUUUAAUUUAUUGUAAUUAAAAUUAGAAAUUAUGUAAUUAUUUUUUAAAAUUAAUUUUCGAAAUUUGUAUUAAAAAGUGUUUUAAUAUAUAUAUUUUUUUAAAGUGACAAAAACGAGAUAUGAUUUAUAAAUAAUAUUUUUUUUAUU